UUUGCCACCUCGCCCGUCGCCCCCGCUGGGCACGAGCCUGCCCAUCCACCGGUCCGCCGGGCGCGCGCCCGAGGACCGUGCGCCUGGCAGCGGAGUCGGCGCCCCCAGCCCGAAGCGCCGCGAGUAGGGGUGGCUCUAGGGAAGUGGCAGGGGGCGGCGACGGCGGCUGGCUCGACUCCCGUCGCCGGGCGCUGAAGAGGAACCACGGAGUCGCUUCGGGCCCCCAGGCUCCGGAUGACUGGCACAAAGAGCGCGCCCCAGACCUGCGUUGGUGUGUGAGAACUGGGCUGGCACGCCCACCUGGCCUUACAGUCUCCGUGUGAUUCAUGACUGAGGAAACGCGUCCACUGCCCUGUCUCUCCUUGGCACCUUCCACACAUGCAGAGAAGACGAGCUUCUGGUUAGAAGACGCACACCCGGAGUCGAAGGCCCCUUGCCCACCAUGAGGGGAACCUGCGUCAUCGCGUGGCUGUUCUCAAGCCUGGGGCUAUGGAGACUCGCCCACCCAGAGGCAUGGGACGCUUCUCAGUGCCAGAGAGCUGAGCACCCAGUCAUCUCCUAUCAAGAAAUUGGCCCCUGGUUACGGGAGUUCAGAGCGAAGAAUGCUGUGGAUUUCUCGCAGUUAACAUUUGACCCAGGACAGAAAGAACUUGUUGUAGGAGCAAGAAACUACCUCUUCAGGUUACAGCUUGAGGAUCUGUCUCUUAUCCAGGCUGUGGAGUGGGAGUGUGAUGAGGCUACCAAGAAGGCCUGUUACAGCAAGGGCAAAUCAAAGGAGGAAUGUCAGAACUACAUCCGGGUGCUCUUGGUAGGAGGCAACCGGCUGUUCACCUGUGGGACCAAUGCCUUCACGCCUGUCUGCACCAACCGCUCGUUGAGUAACCUGACCGAGAUCCAUGAUCAGAUCAGCGGCAUGGCCCGCUGUCCCUACAGUCCCCAGCACAAUUCCACGGCUCUCCUCACAGCCGGCGGGGAGCUCUACGCAGCUACGGCCAUGGAUUUCCCGGGACGUGAUCCUGCCAUUUACCGAAGUCUGGGCAUCUUACCUCCUCUCCGCACUGCACAGUACAAUUCUAAAUGGCUCAAUGAACCAAACUUCGUGUCAUCUUAUGACAUUGGGAAUUUCACCUACUUCUUUUUCCGAGAAAAUGCCGUGGAGCACGACUGUGGGAAAACUGUGUUCUCAAGAGCAGCCAGGGUCUGCAAGAAUGACAUUGGGGGGCGGUUCCUUCUGGAGGACACCUGGACCACGUUCAUGAAGGCGCGUCUGAACUGCUCCCGCCCUGGGGAGGUCCCCUUCUACUACAACGAGCUGCAGAGCACUUUCUUCCUGCCAGAGCUGGAUCUGGUCUAUGGCAUCUUCACCACCAAUGUCAACAGCAUCGCUGCCUCGGCUGUGUGUGUCUUCAACCUGAGUGCCAUCUCGCAGGCCUUCACUGGGCCCUUCAAGUACCAGGAGAACUCGCGCUCCGCCUGGCUGCCUUAUCCCAACCCCAACCCCAACUUCCAGUGCGGCACCGUGGACCAGGGCCUGUACGUGAACCUGACAGAGAGAAACCUGCAGGAUGCUCAGAAGUUCAUUCUGAUGCACGAGGUGGUGCAGCCGGUGACCACAGUGCCAGCCUUCAUGGAGGACAACAGCCGCUUCUCCCACGUGGCUGUCGACGUGGUGCAGGGCAGAGAUGUGCUCGUCCACAUCAUCUACUUAGCCACAGAUUACGGCACCAUUAAGAAAGUGCGGGCACCCCUGAAUCAGACCUUGGGUAGCUGUCUGCUGGAGGAGAUCGAGCUCUUCCCUGAGAGGCGGAGGGAGUCCAUCAGGAGCCUGCAGAUCCUCCACAGCCAGAGCGUCCUGUUCGUGGGCCUGCGGGAGCAUGUGGCCAAGAUCCCUCUGAAGAGGUGCCACUUCCACCACAUGCGCAGCACCUGCAUAGGGGCCCAGGACCCUUACUGUGGCUGGGACAUGGUGAUGAAGAAAUGCACGAGCCUCGAGGAGAGCCUGAGCAUGUCACAGUGGGAACAGAGCAUCUCCACCUGCCCGACCAGGAAUCUCACAGUGGAUGGGCACUUCGGGGCGUGGUCUCCAUGGACACCCUGCACGCACACGGAUGGCAGCAGCGUGGGAUCCUGCCUCUGUCGAGCCCGCUCCUGCGACAGCCCCACGCCGCAGUGUGGUGGCUCACCGUGCGAGGGCCCCAGCAUGGAGAUCGCCAACUGUUCCAGGAAUGGAGGCUGGACCCCCUGGACUUCGUGGUCUCCCUGCAGCACCACCUGUGGGAUCGGCUUCCAGGUGCGGCAGCGGUCCUGCAGCAACCCCACUCCUCGGCACGGGGGCCGGGUGUGCGUGGGACAGAACCGCGAGGAGAGAUACUGCAAUGAGCACUUGCUGUGCCCCCCACAUGUGUUCUGGACAGGCUGGGGUCCCUGGGAACGGUGCACAGCCCAGUGCGGGGGCGGCAUUCAAGCUCGCCGCAGGACCUGUGAGAAUGGGCCCGACUGUGCAGGCUGUAACGUGGAGUACCAGUCGUGUAACACCAACGCCUGUCCUGAGCUAAAGAAGACCACACCCUGGACACCCUGGACCCCUGUCAACAUCUCGGACAAUGGUGGCCACUACGAGCAGCGAUUCCGAUACACAUGCAAAGCCCGCCUGCCUGACCCAAAUUUACUGGAAGUGGGAAGACAGAGGAUCGAAAUGCGCUACUGUUCUAGUGACGGCAGCAGCGGCUGCUCCCCGGAUGGGCUUUCUGGUGAUUUCCUGCGUGCUGGCAGAUACUCUGCUCAUACCGUCAAUGGGGCUUGGUCAGCCUGGACGUCAUGGUCCCAGUGCAGCCGCGACUGCAGCCGGGGCAUUCGGAACCGGAAGCGUGUUUGCAACAACCCUGAGCCCAAGUAUGGGGGCAUGCCUUGCCUGGGCCCAUCCCUGGAAUACCAGGAAUGCAACAUUUUGCCCUGCCCAGUGGAUGGUGCAUGGUCUUGCUGGUCUUCCUGGUCAAAAUGCUCAGCAACGUGUGGCGGCGGACACUACAUGAGGACCCGUUCAUGCACGAAUCCCGCUCCGGCCUACGGAGGGGACAUCUGCCUGGGGCUGCACACAGAAGAGGCGCUCUGUAACACGCAGCCCUGCCCCGAGAGCUGGUCGGAGUGGUCAGCCUGGUCCGAGUGUGACGCGUCUGGUGUCCAAGUCCGGGGCCGCCAGUGCAUCCUUCUGUUCCCUGUGGGCACCCAGUGUUCCGGAAACACCACGGAGAGCCGCCCAUGUGUUUUUGAUUCUAAUUUCAUCCCUGAAGUAUCUGUGGCAAGAUCCAGUAGCAUAGAAGAUAAAAGGUGUGGAGAGUUCAACAUGUUCCACAUGAUCGCCGUGGGGCUGAGCAGUUCCAUCCUCGGCUGCCUCGUCACCCUGCUCGUCUACACCUACUGCCAGCGGUACCAGCAGCAAUCCCACGAUGCCACUGUCAUCCACCCCGUCUCGCCGGCCCCUCUCAACACCAGCAUAACGAACCACAUCAACAAACUGGACAAGUACGACUCGGUGGAGGCCAUCAAGGCAUUUAACAAAAACAACUUGAUUCUAGAGGAAAGAAACAAAUACUUCAACCCACAUCUCACUGGGAAGACAUAUUCUAACGCCUACUUUACAGAUCUCAACAAUUAUGAUGAGUACUAAAAGCUCUUCUAUUUUUGGCUUCUUGUAAAUCCUCAGUUCCUCAAGGCCUGUGCUCCAUGACUGUCCAUGUGUCUGAGGCUCCAGACAUGAUGUUUGGAUACAUUUCACAUUCAUUUCAAGCUGCAAAUUGUCCUAUUGCUGCCAGAAAUACACGUCCUUAAAAGCAACAAAAAUGUAAACAUGACAUCCGAAAAUCUGACCUACAAGUCUUGACUAUUGUUGAAUGAGUCACAGUGUGAGGUUUUCUAUUGUGUUCAGUCCGUUUCUCUAACAAGUCCAUUUUUUUCUUGAGCUUUAUCUUAUAAAUAUGCCACCCACAUGGGAAGGAGUCUUUAGAAAUGUUCACAUCUUAUAGCUUUUGAGUGUAAAUCUCCAUGAUGUUUUAAUUCAAGAAAAUAGGCACUUUAUCUGAGAGCCCCCCCCCCCCCAAGAGUGCGUAGGUUCGUAGUAUUUAAUAAAAUGAAGAAAACGAAUGUGGCCAAACCAUUAUUCACCAUGGAUCUUUCACCCUACCCAAUCUGCAUAAUACAUGGAUUCUCGGAAGCAUCUUGUGUUUGGACAUGGAACGAUUGCGGCCGGGGGAAGCCUAGGGAUUACACCUGACCUGCACCUGCAGAGGUGACGGUUGAGUGUGGCCCCCCCCGCUGUGGAUUUGACACAGUUACUGUGUUGUCACUGGUGGAGGUGGACACACGGAGCAGAGGCACAGACUCAACAAGGUGUGAACCCGUUCUGUAGGUUGCUGCAAAACUAGCCUUAUUCUGACUUUCGUAUUUCAUGGUAUUCCAGGGAGCUCCGUGCCAUGCUGUUGGCCCGGAAGCCCACCUGUCUGCUCCAUACUAAUGUCCUGAAGAACCAGUCUGUAAAUAACCACUUGUGUAGCAGUUGGAUAGACUAUACCUCCUCUCUUCCUGCAAAGAAAAAUCCUGAACAUUUAUGAUGCCAA